AUGCGCUUUAAGAGAUAUACACAGGUCCGCCAAGAACUGCGAUGUUCAGCGGGACUGAGACAGACUAUCUUUCGUUACUCUCAACUUCUUUCUUUCUUUUUCUUUGUGCUUUCUAAUCCACUUCUUUCUUUCUUUCUUUCUUUCUUUUUUUCUUUCUUUCUUUCUAUUAUUAGACUCUAUUCUUUCUUUCUUUCUCUCUAUUAUUGGACUAUACUUUCUUUCUUUCUUUCUUUCCCUUUAUUAUUGGACUCUAUACUUUCUUUCUUUCUUUCUCUCUAUUAUUGGACUCUAUUCUUUCUUUCAUUCUUUCUUUCUUUCUUUCUUUCUUUCUUUCUUUCUAUUAUUGGACUCUAUACUUUCUUUCUUUCUCUCUAUUAUUGGACUCUAUACUUUCUUUCUUUCUUUCUUUCUUUCUUUCCCUUUAUAAUUGGACUCUAUACUUUCUUUCUUUCUAUUAUUGGACUCUAUACUUUCUUUCUUGGUCUUUUUUUCUUUCUUUCUUUCUUUCUUUCUUUCUUUUCCUCUAUUAUUGGACUCUAUACUUUCUUUCUUUCUUUCUUUCAGAAUCUUUCUUUCUUUCUUUCUUUCUUUCUUUCUUUCUUUCUUUCUUUCUUUCUUUCAUUCUUUCUUUCUUUCUUUCUUUCUUUCUUUCUUAGUCGCCGGACAGCUCAUCCUUUCUUUGUGUACAAUCGUCACUCUCUUUUCCUUUGUAUUCGGUCUUCUUUCUUUCUUUCUUUCUUUCUUUCUUUCUUUCUUUCUUUCUUUCUUUCUUUCUUUCUUUCUUUCGUUCGUUCGUUCUAG